AUGAGGGAGCUGCUGUUCACGUUGGUGUCGCUGCUGUCGGUGGCUGGCAGCCUGCAGAUCGGCGGCGUGACCAGGGGUGGCAGCGGCAUCCAGAUCGGUACCAGCGACCGUGGCCACGCGAAGGGCACCGGAGUGCUCGGUGGACGCGGCCAUUCCGGCGUGAAGCUCGGCGAGGCGAGAUUUCCCAAUUCUACGAGGCAGAGACCGUUCACCACCACCACCACCACCCCGCCACCACCCACCACGCGAUUCAUCCACCCGCCGAAUGGCAAUGGCAGGGGUGCCUUGAAGGUGGGCAUGAUGGUUCCGCACAAGUCCUUUGGCGUGAGGGAGUACACGAAGGCAGUGACGUCGGCUAUGAGUACGUUGCAGAAGAGCUCGAGAGCAAGGAAACUUGGACUUUUCCAGCAUUACGACAUCCACGUGAAAGUUGAUACGCAGUCGCUGACACCGAGCCCCACCGAGAUUCUCAAAUCGCUAUGCGACAAAUUCCUGCCGAGCAACGUGUCCGCCAUCUUGUACCUGAUGAACUACGAGAUGUACGGCCGCAGCACUGCCAGUGCUCAAUAUUUUCUGCAGCUGGCCGGUUACUUAGGAAUUCCAGUGAUCGCAUGGAACGCGGACAACUCGGGAUUGGAACGGAGAGCCUCGCAGAGUAACCUGCAGCUGCAGCUGGCGCCAUCGCUGGAGCACCAAACGGCCGCGAUGCUGAGCAUCCUCGAGAGGUACAAAUGGCACCAAUUCAGCGUGGUCACCUCGCAGAUUGCGGGACACGACGAUUUCGUGCAGGCAGUCCGCGAGAGAAUAUCCGACAUGCAGGACACUUUCAAGUUCACGAUCCUGAGCGCGAUCAUGGUCACCGAUCCGCGGGACCUCCUCGAGCUGGUAAACAGCGAGUCCAGGGUGAUGCUGCUCUACUCGACCAGGGAGGAAGCCAUCAGCAUCCUGAGCGCGGCUCACGAUUACAAGAUCACCGGGGAGAAUUACGUGUGGGUCGUGACACAGAGUGUCAUCGAGAACCUUCAGACCCCCAGCCAAUUUCCAAUUGGAAUGCUCGGAGUGCAUUUUGAUACGAGCACGGAGAGUCUGGUCAACGAGAUCACCACCGCUGUGAAGGUCUACGCGUACGGUGCUGACGACUUCCUGAACAAUACUGCAAACCAGCAUCAUCCUCUGAACACUCAGCUCAGCUGUGAGGGGAGCUACGGAGAAUCUCGCUGGAACACUGGAGACCUGUUCUUCAAGUACUUGAAGAACGUGUCAGUGGAGGGUGAUCACGGGAAGCCGAACGUGGAGUUCACCCAAGAUGGAGUCCUGAAGGCGGUCGAGCUGAAAAUCAUGAACCUCCGUCCUGGAUUGAGCAAACAACUCGUUUGGGAAGAGAUCGGCGUGUGGAAGUCCUGGAAGAAGGAAGGUCUGGACAUCAAGGACAUCGUUUGGCCAGGAAACUCCCAUACGCCACCUCAAGGGGUGCCUGAGAAGUUUUAUUUGAGGAUCACCUUCUUGGAGGAGCCGCCCUACAUCAAUCUCGCGCCUCCGGACCCUGUGAGCGGAAAAUGUCUGGUGGAUCGUGGCGUUCAGUGUCGAGUAGCCAAGGAUUCCGACAUGGUCGAGAUGGACAUGCAAUCGGCGCAGAAGAAUGAGAGCGUUUAUCAGUGCUGCAGCGGGUUCUGCAUCGACCUGCUUCAGAAGUUCUCCGAAGAGAUCGGCUUCACCUAUGAGCUCGUCAGGGUGGAAGAUGGCAAGUGGGGCACGCUGGAGAAUGGGAAGUGGAACGGUUUGAUAGCCGACCUGGUGAACCGGAAGACAGACAUGGUGAUGACGUCUCUGAUGAUUAAUUCGGAAAGAGAAGCCGUAGUCGAUUUCACGGUGCCGUACAUGGAGACUGGUAUCGCCAUUGUGGUGGCGAAGAGGACUGGUAUUAUAUCUCCCACUGCCUUUCUUGAACCAUUCGACACCGCAUCCUGGAUGCUAGUCGGCUUCGUCGCCAUACACGCGGCCACGUUCAUGAUCCUGCUGUUCGAAUGGUUGUCACCAUCCGGUUUCAACAUGAAGGUAAACCCUUCAGACACUGCGCGCAAACCGAUGAAUCCGUCGCCCAACCAUCGGUUCUCCUUCUGUCGGACGUACUGGCUGGUCUGGGCCGUGUUAUUUCAGGCAGCCGUCCAUAUCGAUUCUCCCAGGGGAUUCACAUCCAGAUUUAUGAUAAACGUAUGGGCGUUGUUCGCCGUGGUGUUCCUGGCCAUUUACACUGCCAACCUGGCUGCCUUCAUGAUCACGAGAGAGGAGUUCCACGAGUUCACCGGCGUGGACGAUCACCGUUUGGCCAAGCCGUGGUCACACAAGCCUAUGUUCAAGUUCGGUACCAUACCCUGGAGCCACACGGACAGCACGCUGGCGAAAUACUUCAAGGACAUGCACGCGUACAUGAAGAAGUUCAACAAGAGCAGCGUGGCCGAGGGGAUCGAGGCGGUUAUCAGCGGAGAAAUGGACGCGUUUAUCUACGACGGAACAGUGCUGGACUAUUUGGUGGCGCAGGAUGAGGACUGCCGAUUACUGACCGUGGGAUCCUGGUACGCCAUGACCGGAUACGGCCUCGCGUUCUCGAGGAAUUCCAAAUACCUGCAGAUGUUCAACAAACGUCUGCUCGACUACAGAGACAACGGGGAUUUGGAGCGUCUAAGAAGGUACUGGAUGACAGGGACGUGUAAGCCAGGCAAAGAGGUACAAAAGAGCAGCGAUCCCUUGGCGUUGGAGCAGUUCUUGUCCGCGUUUCUAUUAUUGAUGAUGGGAAUUCUUCUGGCAGCGGUCCUCCUCCUCCUGGAAUAUUUGUAUUUCAAAUAUAUCAGACAGCAUCUGGCGCGAAGCGACGGCGGUGGGUCUUGCGCACUUUUCAGCUUGAGCAUGGGAAAAUCGCUGACGUUCCGCGGCGCGGUCUACGAGGCUCAGGACAUCUUGAGGUACCAUAGAUGCAGGGAUCCCAUAUGCGACACUCACUUGUGGAAGGUGAAGCACGAGUUAGACAUGGCGAGGAUCAGGAUACGUCAGCUGGAGAAGGAUCUGGAAGCACACGGGAUCAAGCCCACGCAGGCCAAGAGGAAAACCGGAAGUCUCGGCUGGUGGCGAGGAUGCUUUCAAAGCUCGGACCGCCAUUCACAAGCGGAGUCAUUGGCGGUGGAAGCUCCGCAUCCGCUACCGCCAUACUUCGAUUCAUUCAUCGACGCCAUCGACGUAGCCAGGCCCAGGGACAUGACCAGGAAUCACGUGGUCAGCACGGAGUACUCCAACAAGUUCUUGCCACCAGAGAUCUAUAGGAUUCCGGACGAGGAUGCAACCAGAACGGAAAUCGCCGAGAUGGAGACAGUUCUGUGAUCGUAGAGAUCCGGCCACGAUUGCCCAGCCACGUCAG